AAACAUCAUGUCUUUGCUUGAUGCUGUGAUUUGCAGUUAUUGAGCUAGCAAAAACGCAGUAACCCAACCCCAGGGAAGCUGGUUUACACCCGGAACUUGAACACGCCGCAAUUAAAAAACAACUGGUUUGCACUAAUUUAUACCUCUAAUUAGAUUAGCUUCUCUCCUUUUAAAACCCAUAUAGAUGGCAGCUUCAAUCUGCAAAAUUGAAACCAAGCACUCCUUUCCAUGCAGUAUCUUGCCAGCAGCAGCACCGGUGGUGGUAGCAGCAAUGGAGCUGGAAACACUGGUUCUGGUUCUAGGGGAGCAGGUGCACUUGUGCCAGCCCGUCAUACAGCUUACAGAGGAGUGAGGCAGCGGAGAAGCGGGAAAUGGGUUUCAGAAAUUCGAGAGCCAAGAACGCCGAACAGAAUCUGGCUGGGGACAUUUCCUACUCCUGAAAUGGCUGCUAUCGCUUAUGAUGUGGCGGCGCUUGCCCUAAAAGGCCCAUAUGCGGAGCUGAACUUUCCCGACACCGCUCCAUCCUUACCCGUGCCAGCCUCAAACUCCCAUCGCGAUAUCCAGGUGGCUGCAACUUCUGCAGCUACUGCUUUUGGAGCGGCAAAAGAUGCUUUAUCCGAUAAAAGUGGGGAAAGUAAUUAUGAUGAGGCAAGCAACAAUCAAGUCGAGCCAGAGAAUCAGAUGGGUAACGAGUUUGUGGAUGAUGAUUUGAUCUUUGAUAUGCCUAAUGUGAUUGUCAAUAUGGCUCAAGGGAUGCUCAUGAGCCCUCCUCGCUGGGAUGAUGCCGGCUAUGCCGCAGCCGCCGAUUACACUGCUGAGGAAAAUCUUUGGAAAUUCCCAUGAUAUGAUCUUAAAUAAAUAUCAAGAAGUGUUAAUAAAUAUAAUAAAUAAUAAUUACAGGAUGUUUUGAAAAGCCAAACCCUCAAUAAUAAAACAAUUUAUUGAGU